GUAUCAAUCAAAACGAGCAUGGGACUACUGAGGACGCCCUUGCAAAGGGCAGCCGAAAUGGUUGACUUUAAUAUGGUACAAUGUCUCAUCGCAAAUGGAGCCAUUGUCGACACUGCUUCAAUGUAUGGGGCCGAUACAGCACUGCAGUUGGCUGCUAUGAGCGGCCGUGUUGGCAUUGCGACGCUCUUAAUUGAGCAUGGCGCUGAUGUAAAGUAUCCUCCAGCAAGGGGACCCGGAAGAACAGCAUUUAAAGCAGCAGCAGAACGGUGUCGUCCAGACAUGACGCAUCUUCCGAUUCAAUACGGCGCUCAACUUGAUCUGGGCGUGGUGCAAGAAGUUGAAGAACUGUACGAG